AUGUUCAGCCUCGUAUCAUUCAUCGUCGCCCUCCUCUUCACAAUGCUCGCGUCCAACGCGUCUCCGAUACCAUCCACUAACGGAACGACCCACGAGCUCGACAAGCGCGUCGACCACUGGGGAAGGGGAACAUUCUACUACCAGACUGGCAAUGCCGGCAACUGUGGUUUCAAGGACAAGGACAGCAGUCCUAUCAUCGCCAUUUCCCUUGCUCGCUACAGGGAUAACAAUGGAGGAAAUUGCAAUCAAUGGGUUGAGAUCAUCAACACGAAGAAUAACAAGCGCGCAUAUGGCAAGACACGGGACAGCUGCCCGGGUUGCGGGACUGAAGAUCUCGACAUGUCUCCCUCCUUGUUCAAACAACUUGGCAGCCUCGACGAGGGUGUUCUCAACAUCAAAUGGCACUUCAUGAACAAAAACUUCUCACCAUGA